UUGUUUUCUUCUCAUCGCAGUAGCACCCCCAACAUUAACACCCGCCUAAAAGUCAUAAUGUCUGUUGUCAGCGCUGAAUCUCAGUUCAUUUCUCCGUUCUUGCAAUUGUUGAGCCUUUCGGGCCAACCUAGCAUUUACACUGACACGUUCCAGCAAGAUUUGAGUAAAAUCCAGUCACUAGGCCCAUCUUUACCGAAAUUAUCGACAGAUGCCAAGAAACCAAAGCUUUCCAAGAGCACCGAGGAUGACAAGGUUGUGAACUUAACCAUUAAGUCGAUCAAGCCGCCAAAGUUUAACCAGAUCAUCUCCGCCUCCACAUCCACCACCAUCUACACAAUCAAGGAACAGUUGAUCGCGGAGGCCGAGGAGUUAGCUGGUACCCAAGUGGAGCAAUUGAAGUUUUUGAUCAAGGGGAAGGUCAUUGCUGAUUCUACUGUCUUGGAUGCCUUAGCCACAGACACCAACAAGCUUUCUUUCAUGUGUAUGAUCGGGAAGCCAACCACCGGCCUGGUUCCAGCAGCUGAGACUGUGGCUCAUGAGGAACCUGAGCUGAUUGUGGAAGAGACCGUCACAAGCCUAACCGAAGACCAGUGGAUGGCUAUUCACGCCACCGUGCUGAAGAGUUACAGCGUCAACCAGGCCGACGCGGUGGUACUGAGAUUGAAGCUGGGCUGGGAGUUGGCCAAAUAGUAAAUUCCAUGGAGAAAGUAUCGCUAACACUGGUAUAGAAAUAAACACAUACUAAAGGGCCCUAAACGGAAACGUUAUGUUAACGUAUAGAGAGAAGUUAUCAAGUGGCGAGCGUAGCUAUGGUCCACUCGGACUUUGGAAAUUAAAUAUCGAAAAAUGUUACACAGUAA